AUGAACAUUGAAGGUCAUGCCAGAAACUUUGAAACACAUGAACUACCAGCAAUGUUAGAUAAGAAAGCAGAUAAAGAACAUACACAUAAAUCCUUCUCAACUGUUAGAGCAGACGACAUAAUAUUGAACUAUACCCUUGGUUCAAGUGCACCUUUAGAGAAUCCAAGUACAAGCGUAAAAGAUACACUAAACAAUUUAGAUAACAGAUGUAUGAACAUUGAAGAUCAUGCCAGAAACUUUGAAGCAUAUGAACUACCAACAAUGUUAGAUAAGAAAGCAUAUAAAACAGAGCUUCAAACAUUAAAGACUCAGAUUCUUGAAACCAUAUAUCCUGUUGGUUCUAUUUAUACGUCAAUGAACUCAACAAAUCCAGCAAGUGUUUUAGGUUUUGGUGAAUGGAAGCAGAUUGUAGACAAAUUCUUAUACUGUGCUAGAUAUUCAAAACAAGCCGGUGGUUCAAAGAAAAUUAAAGAAGCAAACCUUCCACCGCACACUCAUACAGGAACUACAAACACAACAGGUAGUCAUUCACAUUCAAUAACAAAAAGAGGUUAUACAAAUCUUGCAGCAGGUUCGGAUAGACAG